AUGAAUGUAUCGUCUUCACAUAGCUAUGUUUUGUUCAGGUCUGAUUUUAUAUCAAUUAGAAAUACUCCCUCGCAGCAGAUUACUAUGGACUCAGUAGUGAUGUUUAUUGGCCUGAUACAAGUUAUAUUGGUCUUGUGGAUUGUAACACCUUGCGAGAGUGAUGUUUGCAGCCAAAAAAUCUGUCAAUGUACCAAUUUCGGUAGGACCCGCAUGGUAGUUAAAUGCCAAGUUCAUGGAUACAUUCCGACUGGAAUCCCAAGCAAUACAAUUGAACUGAAACUUUCGAGUUGUUCCUUAAAGUCGAUUUCAGAAGACUCCUUCAGGAACCUAACUGUUUUAAAAAUACUUGACUUGUCGAAUAACUUAUUUCGACGCAUUCCCCACAACACUUUCAGGAAUAUGGAUAAGCUGGAAAUAGUAAAUCUUGCCGACAACCUAAUUUCAGGGAGUUUCUUCCUUCCGGAAAGUGUAUCUCAACUCGUUAUCACACACAACUUUCUGUCAAGUACUGACGCAAAAGUCAUUCUCAAAGGAUUAAAACGGCUUCGAAAACUGAAUAUUGAUUCAAAUCCACUUGGACCUACUUUGCCAUCCGACUUCUUCGCUGGCUUUAAUAAGAUGGAGCUUCUUUCCAUGAGUGGGUGCCACCUUGAAGAUAUCGAAAAUGGAACAUUUAAAGCCAUGCAAAAUCUUACAGAACUGUUCCUUCACGGAAACGAAUUAGAGACCAUAGGUGAUGGAACGUUUAAACAGUUUAAAGUUCUCAAUAGAUGCAUUCUUCGAGAGAACAAACUAACAUCUGUACCAGAUUUGAAAGGUCCUAAGGUUAUUGUACUUCUGCAAUUAAAUAAGAAUCGGAUCAAAGAUAUAUCAAGAAUUGCAACAUCUGGAAUUAAACACCUCUUUGAGCUGUUGUUGUCUAGCAAUGAAAUCGAUUAUCUUCCACCAAACAUAUUUCAAAAUAUUUCCAUAGUGGGAUCAAUUGACUUGUCAUUCAACAAAUUGCGGUCCAUACCAGAUGGCUUAUUCAAUAAGCUUGGAACAUUACAAAUUCUGAUGAUUAGCUUCAACAACAUCUCCAACAUCAGCAAUCGCACCUUUGAAGGACUUUCAAGCUUGAAGACACUCAUGCUGAUAAAAAACAAACUGACAUUUAUUUCCAACGGUGUUUUUGAUGAAACUGCUUUGCAAUCAGUUUUUCUUCACAGUAAUGCCAUCAAAACGAUUGGAAGUGAAUCCUUUAGCAGACUUAACCUGAAACAACUUACUAUCUUUGAUAAUCCUCUACACUCGUUACCAGAUGGAAUGUUCGACAAAAUGGACACCGAAACCAAAGUAUCGUUGACAUGUAAAAACCUUCUUCAGCUGCCGAAAGGACAGUAUCAGUCUGUAAUUGACUGUGCCCCCUCCACUACAUUCAAUAUACUUUUGACCGGAGAACAAUCUAGCUACAGUGGUGGCCUGGAAAGUUCAGGCUUUGAGUGCCAUUCCUGUGGGCCUCAUCCCAGUGGCUCCAGAUGUCGUAACUGCUCUCUUUGUCAAGUUGGUUAUUUCAUGCACGCCAAACAGAUGUGUGUCAAGUGUCCUGCAGGUGGUUUUUAUCAGGAUGAAUUGGGACAAGUUGAUUGCAAAAGAUGCAGCAUUGGUACAUUUGUGUCUGAAACGCGACAUCCUGGGACAAGUCCUACGGACUGUGUGGCAUGUCCAUACGGUACCCUCUCCAACGAGACUGCGGAAUAUCGAGCAUGCAGAUGCCUUCAAAACUUUUAUCGGUUGGAUCGUUUUGGUCCGUGCUCAGCAUGUCCACCACACGGUUUUGUUUGUGAGAAAGAUACAGCAGUACUUGCUCCUAACUUCUUCUGGAAAUGGUCAAAUCAGUUUGAAAAAGAAUUCUUUAAAGGUUUUGUUAAUAACAUCCACUCUUCUAAACAAGACUACGACAAGUUAUAUUCUACGUUUAAUACUUUACUUCCAAACCCACUCAAAUGUCCUUAUGCCAGGUCUUGCGAGGGUGGAAUCGACUCUAAAUGCCACCAUGGAUAUAAAGGAGUUCUGUGUGCAACCUGCUCUAACGGCUUUUAUUUCCGAUUUCACGCUUGCUUGAAAUGUCCUCGGUUAACUGUAACAGUUACUUCGUCCAUCUUGGUAAUUUCUCUUUUUGUUGCUGUGUUUCUAAUGGUUCUUUGGGGUGACUCCAAACGUGCAGAGAAUAACCGGACGGUUGCAGAUGUCGUCAUGUCGUGCUUUAAGAUUGUGAUUGGUUUUUACCAAGUCAUUGCUGGAAUUUUCUCGGCAUUAGCGAAAGUCCAGUGGCCAGUCAUUUUGUUCUCAACGGAGAAGGUUCUAAAAGUGUUUGAAGGGAACAUCUUGCAGUUUGCGCCACUAAGCUGCAUUCAUUCUUCCCUGCGUCUCGAUGAGCUCGGAAAGUUCACAGUGAUCGUUGCUUUAAAUGUCCUACUUGUCGGCUUGAUUUGCCUUUAUCUUUUCGUUAAAAGAAGCUACAUUAUAAACAAAACCGACCGUACCGAAAGCCAAAAAAUGAGGGAAAUUAAGAGUUUGAAGAAAUCUUGCUAUCGGAACAUUUUCCUAUUGUUGUUAACGACCUACCCCACGACGAGCAAGUCGAUUAUUCAGAUUCUACCUCUUCCCGGUGCGUGUGUAGAAACGUGUUUCUCAAACGAAAAGCUCGACUGUAUCUUCCUGCUGAGAGCUGACUACUCAAUCAAGUGUUUCACUCCUCGCCACAGCUUGUAUUGGCUCAUGGCCUCUCUUCUGGCAUUAUAUCCCGUAGGAUUUCCACUUUUGGCUUUGUUUCUCAUUUACAAAUAUCGUGAGUCCCAUGAAAACGAAGCAGUCUCUUUCGGGCUCAGAGUGUUCUUUGAAAACUACAAGAAGAAAUUUUGGUUUUGGGAGGUCACAGAGAUGUACCGCAAACUGAUAUUGAUCUCAUUGAUUUUCCUAUUUGGAUCUAAAAGCCUUACUCAAAUCGGUCUCACAGUUCUGACAGCCAGCGUCUUUGGAGUGCUCUACACCGUAUUCCGACCAAUCAAGGACAAGUUUGAAGACCGCUUACAAACAUUUGUUCUUUGGAUAAUUUUCUUUGAUGUUUGCCUAGGCGCUGUUUACACAAACUGGGAUGAGAGUCAGGGAGAGGACAAGAACGACUCCAUCUUCGUAAAUUUCCUGUUUGUGGUCCUUAACGCUUCUGUAUUGUUAUUUGCCAUUGGAAAGGGAAUAUCACAUGUGAAGUUAAUCCGCAAGUACUUUUCCUUCUGCCCGAUGAGAUGUUUCAAUUUCCUUCGCCAAGGACUGGCGCUUCUUAAGAAUAAAGCGGUCACCACAACACCUGAAGAAUCAUUCUUGAUCUAGGAUGGCACCUAAGAGCCUCGCCGAUACAUUUUAUCUAUACCGUUGUAACAUAUCUCGAAAAAAAAAACGACAAC